AUUCGAGCGUAGUCAGUACAUACCGAGCGCAGUUACGACGCGAAUACUGGGCGUGGUAACAGUGAAGUAGAUCAGAUUGUUCCCUCAAAUUAUUAAAAUAUGAGCACCCCAGGUCUAAAUGAAGGAAAAUUAAGUAUCACUACGCAUGUUUUGGAUACUAGCAGAGGUCGGCCUGCCGAUGGCUUGCCUGUGUCUCUCUACAGGUUUGAAGAUGACAAGUGGAUUCUUCUAAAAGAGAGCACGACAGACUCAAACGGACGUUGCGGGGAUCUGUUGCAGGACGUGCGAGGGAUUGGCGCGCCCGGUAGAUUCAAGAUCGAGUUUCGGGUGAACGAUUAUUUCAGGCGAAUCGCGACCGCUUCCAUAUACCCGAUGAUCGACGUGAUGUUCGAUGUGCAACAUCCCGACGAGCACUAUCACAUGCCUCUGCUGCUGAAUCCUUUCGGAUUCACCACGUAUCGCGGCUCAUGACCGGCGUCACGCUUAACACGAUCUCGCCACGUUUGCGUGCUUUCUGCGGGAGAUACCGUCGAGGGACGCAGCCUCUCCUGAUCACCGUGCUCACAAAACGGAAGCGUGUUCACGCCAGCCUUCAAAGAUCACUGAGGCGGCAGAUAACUGCGAUCGACGUUCGGCUUCGAUGGCAGAUAUGUACUUCCUGGUCCCAGGGAUCCGACGUGGGAUUCGAUACGAGGUCCCGAGGGUCCGAUAGUGGGCCCUAGCGGUCUGACGAGAGGCCCCGUCGUCACGCCGGUCGCGGCAGCUCCCAAUCUGAAUCCGGCCCGAUACCCGUUCUCGUCCGCGACGUAGCUUGCGAAUGCAAAGUUGGCGUGUUAUAUUAUCUUAAUUUUCUUCUUCCCGAGUCAAAGAAUUAAGGAUACUGUGUCUAAGUAUUGUGGCUAGUUGAGACAUUAAAACCAUGUUAUUUUACUGUUUCUGACUCGCUGAAUCAGGUAUUGUAACAAAUAAAAUUACAAUUUUCGAGUA